AUCAACUUGCACGAUGAAUAUAAGAUAACAUACAUUCUCCGUGAAGCCAGUAGUACUCUUUUCGCUUUUUCAUCAAAAUGAGCUGUUUUCAAGGCCGAACAAACUUAUUCAUCACACAUUUAGGAAAGCUUCAACUUUAUUUGAAAAAUAUGUCCAAAAUCACUUCAGUUCAGUUGGGAAACUUUGCGUUAAUACAACCAUUAAGCCGACGUGUUCAUAUACAAACAAUAAAUAAAAACAUGCAAUACAUAAGCAAUGAUGACAGAAACAUUAAAGUAGAUUCUAAAACCAUGAAAGCAAACAAUUUGACUAAUAGGCCCCUCUGUAUAAUCCUGAGUUGGAUGCUAGCAAAGCCCAAACACGUACUACAGUACGCAAAUAUUUACUUACAGCAAGACUUCGACGUGUUGUCUGUGUCAUGCUCGCCGAUGCAGUUCAUGUUGCCAGUCAAAGGGGCAAAGUUAAUAGCCGCAGACCUAAUGAACUUUUUAGAAAACAACCAAGCCUACGGCCCGCUUGUCAUACAUGGAUUCUCUGUAGGCACUUACGUCUGGGCUGAGUUACUAGUUAAAUCUUUGGAAAAUAUAAAAAGAUAUAAGCCAGUACUUGAUCAUGUCACUUCUCAAAUUUGGGAUUCGACGACCUACGUAUAUGAAUUACAUCUCGGACUUCCUUACGCUGUGUUCCCUAAUAAUAAAAUUCUCCGGAAAGCAUUUACAGCGUAUUGUGUUUUUCAUUUGAAAUUAUUCCAUAACACUGGGACGAAACAUUACUUACGGGCGACGGACGUUUACCGCAACACACCUUGUCGAGCUCCCGGCCUGUUUCUCUGUUCUAUGACGGAUCCCAUCGCAGCUGCCAAACGAAUUAAACAAACCCACGACACUUGGAAAUCUCUGGGUAUCGAGGUUAACUGGAAAUGUUGGGACGAGUCACCGCAUGUAAAGCAUUUGAUUUACAAUCGAGAAGAGUAUCUUGCAGCGAUCUAUUCACAUCUGCAGCAAUCCGGGAUAAUGACUUCUGUUAGAUAAAUAGAAAACUCAUGACCACAAUU